CCACUGUUGUCUUCAACCCCAGAGACAGAGAGUAUCACAAUACAGCAGACGGUAUAUAUAUAAUACAAUACAGAGAGAUAUAUAGAGAUAGAGUGAAGGGCCAAAACGCAAAGAAGAACUAGAGAGAGAAAGUGUGAACAAUCUUCUACAUGCAGUUCUUCUCAAGCUUCGCACAAGCCAAAAUGUCCAAGAUCUUCAUUGCUCUCUGCUUCAUAACCACUCUGAUCAUCUCUUCAUCUCCAUCAUCACACACCGUCGAUGCGAGUAGCGGGGGCCACCAAACCCAUCUGGGCUGGCUACCCACUACUAGAUCCGGCUGCCGUGGGUCCCUCGCUGAGUGCCUCGCCGCCGGAGAAGACGACGAGUUCGAGCUCGACUCCGAGAUCAACCGGCGCAUCCUAGCCACCACCAGAUACAUCAGCUACGGUGCGCUGCAGAGGAACAGUGUCCCCUGCUCCAGACGUGGCGCCUCCUACUACAAUUGCCGGCCGGGUGCACAGGCCAAUCCGUACACCCGCGGAUGCAGUGCUAUUACCCACUGCAGGCGUUAGUUUCUUCGUCUUCCAUUCAUUUUUAGUUUUUUUUUUUUUUUUUAAAAAAAAAAAUUUCAUAUGGGAUUGUUUGUCAUACAAUGAAUUGGUGAUGGGUCUCUGUUGUCUACGAUUGAAGAUAUUGUUUUUAUAAAUUUAUAUUUAUAUUUGUGUUGUCUGUAAGAUCAUACUUUUAUAUUAUUUUCUCAUAAUUUGUCUCUGAUUCACAUAA